AUUGAGUUUGAUUUAUCUUAAUACGGAUGCCACUCAACACCCUGGGGCGGAGAGCGAGAAUUAAUCACAGGGUAAAACAGAUGACACAGAUCUGGACUAAUCCUUUGGGACCUAACUGUAAUUUCAUUGAAGUUAAGACCGUAAAAGAAACUAGCCUUAACAGCCAGCAGCAGCAGCUGUCACCUGCUGAUAUUCAUAAAGAUUGAUGGCGUAUCUGUGCUUCGCUUCGGUACGGGAUAGACUUGCACAGGUAAAAAAAGAUCAAAUGACGCCUGAGCAACAAAGUGGAAUGAUUGAGCAACAUAAGUCUUUACUGUCAGUGAGAAGCUUUGGAGCCUUCAGAAUUUGGAGUAGACGCUGACAAGCCCUGGGGGUGAAGAUAUGUUCCGUAACAGCCUAAAGAUGCUUCUCAGCGGUGGGAAGUCUAACCGCAAGAAUAGAUCAAGUGAUGGUGGGAACGAGGAACAAUCAGAACGGAGACAAACAAACAUAGAUUCUCGACAGAACCGGUCUGGACAAGGUGUGUCCAAUACGGAGAACGAUUGUGCUUUUGAACCAGAUUACUCUGUGCCGUCCCUCCCAGUUUCUGAAGGAAUGCAACACAUAAGGAUAAUGGAAGGAAUGUCCCGCUCUCUCCCCUCCUCCCCUCUGCUGACACACCAAUCCAUCAGUGUCCGCCUUCAACCUGUGAAAAAAAUAACAGCCCCCCUGAGGAAGGCGAAGUUUGUGGAAAGCCCUCGAGUCCCAGAAUCGGAGCUCAGCUCCCCAACCAGAACCACAGCCAAGAAGCCAGACUUGGAUGCUUUCUGCCCUGGUGACACAGAACAGGAACUGGGACCCCCACCAUCUGUGGAUGAGGCUGCAAAUACACUCAUGACACGACUAGGCUUUCUGCUGGGAGAUAAAGCCUCAGAGGUACAGACAAGCACAGAAUACAGCAUGGAGGAACAGGAUGAAAAUCAGACAUCUACAGAAACACAGCGAAUCAGCCCCUGCUCCACUUUGACAAGCAGUACUGCUUCCCCACCUGCUAACAGUCCCUGUUCCACCCUACCACCUGUCAGUACGUCUGCAACUGUUAAGGAUUGCUCUUAUGGAACUGUCACCAGCCCAACUUCCACACUGGAGAGCAGGGACAGUGGCAUCAUUGCAACUUUGACAAGCUAUUCAGAAAAUGUGGAACGUACUAAGUAUGGUGGGGAAAGUAGUAAGGAAUCAAGCUCCAGGACAAACGUUAAGCCAUGGCAUGCUCAAAAAUCUGCCUUGGAUUCCUGCCUGUAUCGAGUGGAUGAAAAUAUAUCUGGCUCCACCUUCAGCUUGAAUAAAUUCCCGGAGAGAAACUUGGAGACCGUCUCAUCUCAGUCUGUCCACUCCAUCCCUCUGUACCUGAUGCCUCGACCAAAUUCUGUAGCAGCUACAAGUUCUGCCCAUCUGGAGGACCUAGCUUAUCUGGAUGAACAGCGACACACACCACUGCGGACAUCUCUGAGAAUGCCACGGCAACAUGUGGCAGGAGGUCGCACCCCCCAGGACAUGCGAGUACGUUUUGCACCAUACAGACCUCCAGACAUCUCCUUGAAGCCACUUCUGUUUGAAGUACCGAGCAUCACCACUGAUUCAGUGUUCAUUGGGCGGGACUGGCUCUUCCAUGAAAUAGAUACACAGUUAAAAUGUGGUAACCCCAGUGUGAACAGAGGAGUAGUGAUCAUAGCCAAUAUUGGAUUUGGGAAAACAGCCAUCAUCUCAAGACUGGUUGCACUCAGCUGCCAUGGUUCCCGAAUGAGACAGAUUGCAUCUGAUAGUCCACAUGCAUCUCCAAAGCAUGUAGAAGGCGGCAGGGAUCUACCACUUACCCAGCCACCUCAAGCCCACCCUUCUAUUGCCAGUGGGAGCUGCCCAAGCACGCCUGAACUCCGCCGUCGCCAGGAAGAAGCCAUGAAAAGACUGGCCACACAGGUGGUAGCCUACCAUUACUGCCAAGCAGACAAUGCCUAUACGUGCUUAGUUCCAGAGUUCGUGCACAAUGUGGCAGCUCUGCUCUGUCGAUCACCCCAACUUGUUGCCUAUAGGGAGCAGCUCCUCCGGGAACCGCAUUUACAGAGUAUGCUCAGCUUACGCUCCUGUGUUCAAGAUCCCAUGGCAUCGUUUAGAAGAGGAGUCCUGGAACCACUUGACAACCUGCGCAAAGAGCGAAAGAUUGCAGAUGAAGAUUAUAUCCUCUUAAUUGAUGGCCUGAAUGAAGCAGAGUUCCACAAACCAGAUUACGGGGACACGAUUGUGUCAUUUCUCACUAAAAUGAUUGGAAAAUUCCCAUCAUGGCUGAAGUUAAUAGUGACAGUUCGAACAACACUUCAGGAAGUGGCCAAACUUCUUCCAUUCCACAAGAUAUAUCUGGACAAACUGGAUGUGAAUGAGGCAAUAGAUCAGGACUUACAGGCUUAUAUCCUUCACCGAAUCCACAGCAGUCCUGAAAUCCAGAAUAACAUCUCCCUCAAUGGUAAAAUGGACAACACAACCUUUGGCAAACUCAGUACUCAUCUCAAGGCUUUGAGCCAAGGGUCAUAUCUCUACCUAAAACUGACUUUCGACUUGAUUGAGAAAGGAUACUUGGUGCUUAAGAGUUCAAGCUAUAAAGUAGUACCUGUUUCCCUCGCUGAGGUCUACCUCUUGCAGUGCAACAUGAAAUUCCCUACCCAAUCCUCAUUUGAGCGUGUGCUACCACUGCUGAAUGUGGCUGUGGCAUCCUUACAUCCUAUGACAGAUGAUCAGCUUUAUCAGGCAAUCAAUGCAGGAAGUAUUGAUGGCAGUCUUGAGUGGGAGGACUUUCAACAGCGGAUGGACAAUCUUUCCAUGUUUCUGAUAAAACGGCGGGAUAUGACACGGAUGUUUGUUCAUCCAUCCUUUCGAGAAUGGCUGAUAUGGAGAGAGGAUGGAGAAAAGACAAAGUUCCUUUGCGAUCCCAGGAGUGGCCAUACAUUACUGGCAUUUUGGUUCUCUCGUCAAGAAGGCAAACUGAACCGCCAACAGACCAUUGAGCUGGGACAUCACAUCCUUAAAGCUCACAUAUUCAAGGGUCUGAGCAAAAAAGUUGGAGUUUCAUCAUCAAUACUACAAGGGUUGUGGGUAUCUUACAGCACAGAAGGACUGUCCACAGCAUUAGCAUCUUUACGCAAUUUAUACACUCCAAACAUCAAGGUGAGCCGUUUACUGAUUUUGGGCGGUGCCAAUGUGAAUUACCGGACAGAGGUGUUGAACAAUGCCCCAAUAUUGUGCGUCCAGUCCCAUCUUGGUAACUCAGACAUGGUUGCACUCCUGCUAGAGUUUGGAGCGAACGUGGAUGCUUGCUCAGAGAGUGGGCUGACUCCCUUGGGCUAUGCAGCAGCUUCUGGACACCUCACUGUUAUUCAGCUACUUUCCAAAAGACGUGCAAAGGUGGACCACCUGGAUAAGAAUGGACAGUGUGCUCUGGUCCAUGCGGCAUUGCGAGGCCACUUGGAAGUGGUUAAGUUCCUGAUCCAAGCAGAUUGGACACUGGCAGGACAACAGCAAGGGGUAUUUAAGAAGAGUCAUGCAGUUCAACAGGCACUUAUUGCUGCGGCAAGCAUGGGAUACACUGAGAUUGUGUCAUAUCUCCUGGAUCUGCCAGAAAAGGAUGAGGAAGAAGUGGAACGAGCACAGAUUAACAGUUUUGACACUCUUUGGGGAGAAACAGCAUUGACUGCUGCAGCUGGACGAGGCAAGCUGGAAGUGUGCAGAUUGCUAUUGGAACAAGGAGCAGCAGUGUCACAAUCCAACCGGCGAGGAAUUGUCCCACUGUUCAGUGCAGUGAGACAAGGACACUGGCAGAUCGUGGAUUUACUGUUAACUCACGGUGCCGAUGUAAAUAUGGCAGACAAGCAGGGUAGGACCCCUCUAAUGAUGGCGGCUUCAGAGGGACACCUGGAUACAGUGGAGUUCUUGCUUGCUCAAGGAGCAGCGCUUUCACUAAUGGAUAAAGAGGGAUUAACUGCCCUCAGCUGGGCAUGUCUGAAGGGUCACUUGCCAGUGGUUCAGUCCUUAGUAGAAAGAGGUGCUGCUACAGACCAUGCAGAUAAAAAUGGACGGACACCUCUGGAUCUUGCUGCAUUUUAUGGUGAUGCAGAUGUUGUGCAGUAUCUCGUUGAUCAUGGAGCAAUGAUUGAGCAUGUGGACUACAGUGGCAUGAGACCCUUGGACAGAGCAGUGGGGUGCCGCAAUACAGCAGUGGUGGUUACCCUCCUGAAGAAAGGAGCCAAGAUAGGUCCAGCGACGUGGGCAAUGGCCACCUCAAAACCGGACAUCAUGAUCAUCCUCCUGAGCAAGCUGAUGGAAGAAGGAGACAUGUUUUACAAGAAAGGAAAAGUGAAAGAAGCAGCACAACGAUACCAAUACGCAUUGAAGAAAUUCCCACGAGAAGGAUUCGGAGAAGAUUUGAAAACUUUUCGGGAGCUGAAGGUGUCCCUGUUGCUGAACCUCUCACGAUGUCGGAGGAAAAUGAAUGAUUUUGGGAUGGCGGAGGAGUUUGCAACCAAAGCAUUGGAGCUGAAACCCAAGGCAUAUGAAGCAUAUUAUGCCAGAGCUAGAGCAAAAAGAAGCAGCAGGCAGUUUCCAGCCGCUCUGGAAGAUUUGCAUGAAGCAGUGAAGCUUUGCCCAAAUAACCGUGAAAUACAACGUUUGUUGAUACGAGUAGAAGAGGAGUUCAGGCAGAUGCAAUAUGGUCAGCAGAUGCAGUAUGCUCAACAACAGCAACAGCAGCAGACUCAGCGAGAAGACGUAGACUCUAUGCAUGAAUUAUAUGACGAGGAAUAUUUGGAGCAGGAGUUGGACAAUGUCUCUGUUAGCUUACAGACAGAACCGAGACCUAGCCAAGGGCUGCCUGUUAUCCAGAGUCCACCUUCUUCCCCUGCACACCGUGAACCCAGCUACAGAUCCAGCUCGCCUCUCAACUCCCACCAGGUCUUUGACUACAGACCAAACCCUUCAGUCUCCUCUCCGACCCGGCAGGGGCAGGGCUACCAGUCCACAUCACCAUCGCUUUCUCCAACUCACCAGAAUUCUCAUUAUCGGCCUAGUCCUCCGCCUACCUCCCCUGCUCAUCAGGGGUCUUCAUAUCGCUUUAGUCCACCCCCAGUGGGUGGACAAAGCAAAGAAUAUCAGUCCAGUCCCCCUCCAUCACCGUUGCGUAGAGCCCCACAGUACAGAGCCAGUCCUCCUGCAGAUAGUAUGAGUGUGUAUAGGCCUCAGUCUGGCUCGCCAGUUCGGUAUCAGCAAGAACCCACCAUCGGUCAGCUUCCUGGUAGGCCAAAGUCUCCUUUGUCCAAAAUGGCCCAAAGACCCUAUCAGUUAUCUCAACCUCCAUCAGGUUUACCCCAGCAAGGGCUUAGAUUGCAGCCAGCUAAGGCCCAAAUUGUACGCACUAAUCAGCCCAGCUCUGCAGUACAUUCUAGUGCUGUUAUACUUGGUGGAGCUUAUGGCCAAGGGCCCCACUCUAUGAGCACUAAACAUCAAUCGUCUUCAGUUGAUAUGGCUCCUACUCAAAGUCGUCUGGUUUACCAGCCUGUAAUGGGAGGAGUGGUGGCAGACAGCAGACCUGUGCAGCAUGUGCAAGCCAGUCUAAGUGCCGGUGCAAUAAGCAAUGUUUGCCAGCAUCCAGGAACAGUGAUGACUAAAGAGGAUCACAGCCAAAGACCCUCUUCUGCCUUUCGAGGAGGGAUGAGGUAUGGCCAAACCCCUCAGAUUGGUCGCAGUCAGUCUGCUUCGUAUUAUCCUGUUUCCCACUCCAAGCAUGAAUUAGAAAGGUCCUCUGUACCGUCCAGUCAGAUUGCAUCUCCAGAUGUAUCUCACAUUAUCAGGAGGGCACUCACUGUGAAUCCUCCAGAAAUUAAACCUCACCCACCAACACCUCGACCACUGCUCCAUUCUCAAAGCACUGGCCUUCGUUUCUCCCCCUCUAACAAUAGCCUUUCUUCUAGUUCCAAUGUUGUGUCCUCAUUCCGCCCUUCUGCCUCCAUCCAACAGAUGGAGAUUCCACUCAAGCCCUCUUAUGAAAGUCGAUCUUGUGAGGAACAGUCCCCCAUCUCCCCAACACAAGGUUACCCUGGAGAUUCUGGCCGCUCCAGGACCACGCCUUUCAUGGGGAUAAUAGAUAAAACAGCACGGACACAGCAGUACACUCACAUGCACCAGCAGAGCCGGACGUGGGCUGUGUCCUCUGUUGACACUGUCAUCACCAGCCCCACCUCCUCUGGAGGGAUGUCCCCCCAGUCUGGCUCCUAUAGUCCACCCCCAGUGAGUAACAUUGCUUUCUUCAAUAAGACUAACAAUGCCCAAAAUGGCCACCUAACAGAGGAUGACAUGUGCGUCUCCCAUGGGAAGCUAACCAAUGGAUCCCGGGCAGAGAUUUUGGAAAGGGUUAGUCAGGCUCCCUCAUACCCAGAUGUGAAGGUGGCUAGAACAUUGCCUGUUGCCCAGGCAUACCAGGACAGCAUAUAUCGGCAGCUUUCCAGAGACUCACGACAAGGGCCAACGUCACCUUUAAAACCAAAGAGACCAUUCGUAGAGUCAAAUGUAUAAAGGGAAUUCUCUAGAUUCCAAAUCCCAUAUUGUGAGCAGGUUUGCAAUUAAACUCCUUGCUCAUGUAGCCACACAGUGCACUGUACAAUGAAGCUGCUUCCACUUACAUAUGAAAUAAGCCAGAAAAAAACAUAAUAGUGGGUUCAGUUCCAUUCCGUUGCUUAAUUAUGAUUAGUUUCUAACUUUUCUAACUGGUGUACAAAAAUUUAAAUGUCGGGGGAAAAAGGUAAUAUGAAUAUCAAAGUAUGAAUGCUUAAGUGACGAAUGUUUAGACUAAUGCAUUAUCAGGUCAGUUCACAUUUUUACUUUACAUAGGUAGGUUAACAUGUACUUAUGGGUAAUUUUAUUUAGGCUUUUUAAAGAAGUCUGACGCAUAAGUUACAAUAAGGUGCAGAUAAUGACAUUUCUUUUCAAAGACGCUGUGAUUUGUACAGCUUGUAAUCAGUUUACUAUGAUUUCUACGUAAUGGGUGCAUUACACGGAACUGUCGGUACGUUUUCAGAACCUCACACCAAUCUGCAUUUAACCUUGAGAUCAGUUCUCUGCACUAGCAUGGGAUCGGGACUAAUUUACCUUCAGAGAUGAACAGUGAGUGUUUGCUUAAGCUUCAAGGUUAUUCUGUUUAAUACUGUAAAUGUUGUAUGAAGUUUUGCUCUCUACGGACCUGUAGUUAAUAAUAUUUAAGAGUAUUUUAAGUUAAGUCAACUUGUAUCAGGUAAUUUUUUUAAAACUUUAUUUUAAACCAGGUGCAACUAUUAUUGAAUUGAUGAAUAGAAGGGGACAUUCCCAAAAGCAAGGAUAUGGGAGCUGAUUUCCCACUGGCAUUCUCCCACUCCUUCGCCAUAUCUUUGACGGAAGAGCCACAGAAACCCCAGGAACAGGGCAUGGACACCAUUUUUCAGGGGUUCUCAGUGCUAUUCUCCUGAAUGAGUGGGAGAACACUCCCAGGAUGCUUUCCAUGUUUUUACUGGGCUAGUCUGUCCAUCUCUUGCAUUGACUGCAGUGUUCUGUCCCAUCUCUCUCAAAAAGAAAACCAGUCAUUCUUAUUGAAAUUUGUUUGUUUUGGUGUCAACACUGGAACACUUUCACAAUUCACACCCCAAUUCUGUCCUACAGCAACUGCAAACAUCAUUGCCUUAAAAUUUCUAAUUCAAAAUAAUUGUAAAAAAAAAGUUGCAAAAAAAAUCUGUGAAAUGUUUGGUCGACUUCGGUAAUUCGUAUUCCCAAUAUCCUUAAAUUUAAAAAUUGGAAUUUUGUUAACAUUUUGAUGAUUUUAACAGGAUUGUCGUCUUUUUAAUCUGUGUUAUUUUAAAGUGUUAUCGAAUAUGUUUAGUGGUAAUGCUCAAUCAGAUUUGUUUGCACUGACCAAAAAGCUGCAAAUUCACAUUCUAACCCUUCUUUGCCUCCACUGCCUUUGUUUCAGUAAUGUCACUUUCCUUGUAAGAUUUUGGACCCCAACCUAGAAAUUCCACUUGCACUAUCUUGUUAGGACAGAAUGAACUCCCCAAGCAAAGCCUGUCCUGUUUUAGUCCAUUGCUCUUCCAAUCUAAAAGGACCAUAAAGGUUUAAUAGUGUAUUCAUGUCUUGAAUAUGGAUUUAUACAACAUGUUGUACAUGUACUUGAAUUAAGCUAGGUUAUUUGUCCCAAUUAACAUCCCGGAGUUCGUUUCCAGCUUUAUUCUGCAUUUUUUUUUUCAAUUAUCUUCUUCCCCCACCUCUUGUUUUAAUAUAUUUCCUUCUAAGCGGAGAGUGGAUCCUUGAUAUCCUGAUUCGAAAACUGAACCACAGUUAUUGUGGAAUGAACUGGUAUGAAGUUCAUGUCUUGGCUCACGUGUUUCCAGAUCUCGUCUGUUGGGAAGUGUUUGUCUUCUGCUUGCCACUACCUCUCUUCACCUAGCAACAACAGGAAUUCACUCCAUCAAUAUUGUUCCAUGGCACAUCAUCAUCUCUCCAUUUAUUAGCAGUACUUUAAUGCCAUUUUUAUCAUUCUCGCCUUUCAUUCACCUUCUUUUCUCAGUUUCUUUUUCUGAAUGUAUGAAUUGGCCCAUUGCCUGACUUCAUUUGUGAGACAGUUUGCUUUUUAAGUUGUAUCUAUUUCACUUCCAUAUUUGGAAAUGUCCCCAAAUGGAUUUCAGAUAAACAAAGUUAUAUGAAGUCACCUUAGCAUUAAAAUAUACACGGAUAGGCAAAAAAAAUCUAAUCACAAUGUGGAGUUCCUUAAUUACACCAACACAUUUUUUCACAGAAUUCUUAUACUGAAAGUUUGUCAUCUGUAUUUCCUGUAUAUGAGUGCACUUUAUCGUUAACUUUUAUAUGCUGGAAUGAUAAUCGUGACUAGUGUUCUCAUUAGGAGAUAAACAGUUGUGACCCUUGGUGUAUUUCACAGAAAAAAGCAAAAUACUAAAUUUGUAGCACAAAUAAUUUGCUGUAAAUACAUGUCACGGUAUCCCUCAAACGCUCUUCCUUGGAAACUCCAACAGCGCACAACUUAACUCUCACUUUCACCGUGUAUAUAUUGUGCAUAAAAUAGAAAUGGUACAUGUUACCUGAAAUACAUACAAAAAUCAGUCUUCUGCCACGUGCCUAUAAUAUUUUUGUAGUACAUAAUUCAAUAGUAAAAACCCACUGUUACAUUGAUGAGAGAGGGCAUGCAAAGUAUGCUGAUUACACACUGUUGUUUAUGAAUCUAGAUUAGAACAGCACAAUUAAACAUUGAGGAUGAGUAUUUGGAUUUGCUAUCUGCAAAUUCUAUCGGUCUGGACUCUGGAUAAAAGAAACUCGAUUUGCAAGAGUUAGCGAGGAGGGAUGAGAAAAUAAGACCUCCCAAAACUGCCAGGGAGAUGGAUGCUACAGAUGGGUAGACCCCAUGAACCACAUGGAACAUGGCAUUAGCAUCUACAUUAGCAGGUCCACAUGAAGUGUAAAAAUAGUUGACAAUUAUCAGCACCACAGGCCAGAGAGCCAUAUGCAAAAUAACCAUUGUCACAGUGCAGAAGGAACAAAAUGGAAAAAUGGCAGUAUUGUUUUCUUAACUCUGACCUGACAAAAUGCACAAUUAGCAACAAAGUUUGGUUUAUAUUCUGAAUAAAUCCUGACCACACUAAUUCAGCAUGAUCUGGAUUUGUAAACCUCUUUAGGGCCCAUUAUUCAUAAGAUUUCCCAACAAACUAACCAAAAACUUAAUUUGGAGUUAAGUUGUGUUGGCUGAAUGUUUCCUCUAGCCUGCAGCUUUUAAAAUCACAGGAGCUUGCUAACUCACCAGUGUCACUGCAGCUCCCUAUUCUUGCUAACACUCUCUCUAGCUAGCUCUACACAGACCAGUUAAGAUGUAGCAUAAUUCUAAUUAUUGAAGUGCAGAUUUACAUAUGUCUUGCUGGGUCUUGCAGUUCAUGCUGAAGAAAUAGUUGUUACUUUUGUUGGCCCAGCUGCUUCAGUAAUAAUUCAAUAAGGUAAAUUGUGGCCAGUAUGAACGAUGCACUCCUAAUGCCAGCAGAGCCUUGGCAAUUGCCCCUCAAUAGGCUAUCUGAAGGAACAUUUUAGAAGUAAAAUGUGAUUUGAAUUUUACUUUCUGGCCUAUUUACAGAACACUGAAUUGCUGUUAUAUAAUAUAAUUUACUCAUAAUUCUAAUUUAUGACACAUAAUAGUAUCUUCAUAAUAUACCAAACAUUCUUCCAAUUUCUCCAGUGAUGUUUUGAAACACCCUCUUUAACUGAAACAAAUUAUGGGGCAUUAAUUCUUUAACUUCUUGGUUUCUAAGGUGCAAAAACAUUCAAAUUGAAUUCCGUAUACAUACUACACAACUAGUGGCUUUUAAAGAAAAAAGGAACCUAAUCCACAUGAAUGAAAGUGCAGAAACCCUUACCUUAACACAAGGAUAAGGGGGAUGGGGGGAAAUCAAGUCUAUAUAGACCAACAAUAGGUGUCUUAAAAUAUGUCAAUGAAUCGCCAUGGAGAAACUGGUUAAACCUUGUAAUAUGCAGUGUUGGAGAGCUACUUAAAACAUUCAGGAAUUUACUAUUUAAAAAGUGCCAUGAUUUGAAAAUGUAAUUUAGUAAGUACAUAUCUACAGAUAUCUGUUGCUUCUCUCUCUUUCUCUCUCAUGAUUCCAAAGUUCAGUAUUUGAUAUUUGAGCUGGCUUAUUUUCCACAUUCAUUGUAGAGUUAAAGGAGGAAAUUAAAAUAUUGGGGCAAGGUGCAAUACAUAGUUCAUGGACAUCAAUUGUCAGACCUUCACCAGAAUUAUCACAUUAAAAAUAGCCCUGUGAGGUUUCCGAACAUUGUUUAUUGAAAUGUACAUGUAAACCUUCAUUCUGAUUUUUAAAAAUGGUUAUGUAUAUUUGCAGUUAAGAUUAUCAACCGUAAUCAUAAUUAACACUCCGGGUAGAUAGCACACUUCAGACCUAAAACAGCCUGGUCCUUUCUUCCAUUUGGAUUCAUCCAAAACAGAAUACAAUAUAUAGCAGGAAUUAAUCUUCCUUCAUAAUGAGGAGUGCAAUGUUAUUUUUUGUUGAGUAAAUAGAUACAGACUCAGCUGCGGCAGGGAUGCAUGUAGGUACUUUUUUCUCCCCUUGAAAAUGGUAGAACAGAAUACUAAACAUUUGAAUGUAAUUGCAGAAAAUUAUAUUGUACCAUGUGUCAUUUCUGUGUGGAUCCAUGGAUUCCUUUAUUUUUUUUCUGUACUGUUAAUAAUGCACCAAGAAGGCAUCUGUAUACAGUGAGACACCAGCUGGGGAACUGUAUAAAAAUCUUUGGUUUUCUCUCGUGUCUCUGUCUCUCUACCCAUCUAUCUAUCUCUCUCUCUCUCUCUCUCUUUUGAUGUAAAGAAUUUUUCUCUGUAUAUUAUAAACUGCAUGUUUUGUUCCAGUUACUGAUUAAUAAUUACAAAAAGUUGUGAUAUUGUAUCCAGGUCGCCCUGGGCUGCGGCCCUUUCCAUAUUUUGGAUGGAGAUUUCUCUUUGCUGUAUCGCUUGCUGAGCAGAGUAAUAUUGUCUGUACAUGUGGGCUGUGAGUUAGUGCAAAAACAAAACAAAAUAAAUUAAAUGAAUGCUUCUGUUUUUAUUUUUCAUUUACAGAUUGUGAUCUGUACAAUUUACUGUAUGAAAAUACUGUACCUAUUUAUAAAUGGUUAACACUUCAAAUUAAAUGAAACACAACUGCCUAACUUUCA